UUCCAGAUGUCUGCAAAGGAGAGGGAGAGGAAGAGGAGGAGGAAGAUGGCACGGAGCUUUGUCUGCCAGCCACCCCGAAGAACUGCCUUCCUCGCCGGGGCAUCAGCGUCCUGGAGAAGCUGAUCAAAACGUGCCCGGUGUGGCUGCAGCUAGGUCUGGGCUGCGCAGAGGCGGCCAGGAUCCUGCGCCGGGAGGCGGCCGGGAUGUUCCUGGUGCGCAGGGACAGCAGCCUGAAGCACCUGGCGCUGUGUGUCCACUUUCCUUCCCUGCACGAGAGCUCGUCGGAGGUGCUAGAAUACACCAUCAAAGAGGAAAAAUCGAUAUUGUACCUGGAAGGCUCCGUUCUUGUGUUUGAGGACAUCUUCAGACUGAUCGCGUUCUACUGUGUCAGUAGAGAUUUACUGCCCUUCACGCUGAGGCUGCCCCAGGCCAUCCUUGAGGCGAGCAGCUUCGCAGACCUUGAGACCAUCUCCAACCUGGGCCUGGGCUUCUGGGACUCGUCACUGAACCCCUCUCGAGGAAGCGGGAGCCCAGCAGAGCCCCCGAGAGACCCCGCCCCUGGAGCACCCCCGGCCCCCAGCCUCAGACCCACCACCCAUUACACAAACUGUUCCUGUGAAAUUGAACUGUCGGUGGGAAGUGACCGCCUGUGGUUUGUGAAUCCCAUUUUCAUCGAGGACUGCGGCGGCGCCCUGCCCGCUGACCAGCCACCUCCUGGAAGCUGCCCUGCACUCCCGUCGCUGCCCACGUCUGACGCUACCUCGCCCACCUCCAGGUGGGCCCCACGCCGCCCACCGCCGCCACCCCCAGCACCAUCCCUGCAUCGCUCUGGCCGGGCCCGGCCCCCUCCACUCCCUGCUCUUCCUGCUCCUGCCUGUCCUGUGCCUGGUUCUCCCCCAGUGCCUGCCCCCAACCUUGCACCUCAGGCCCCAGGCCCCCCAGACCCUCUGAGCCAGCCACCCAUGACUGCCUGCGAGAGGCUCCCACAUCCCACUGCAGGCCUGGGCCCUCUCAGGGAGGAAGAAAUGAAGCAGGGGGCAGCCCCCAGCCCCUUGCAGCAGGCCCCUGCCCCCCCACCACCCAUGAAGAAGAGCCUUCCCACUGCCCCUCCCAGACGGCGCGUCUCUGAGAGGUUGUCGCUGGAGGACCAGAGUGCAGGGAUGGUGGCAGAGGGGGACCAGCUGGGCCCUUCCAGGGCAACCCCACUCAGCCCUCCUGCCCCAGGGACCGUGAACAGCCCUGGGGAAAGGCCUCGGAGGACCACAGAGCAAGGCCAGGAAGCAGAGGCCAAAGCCAGCGAUCCGGGCAGCUUGCCAGAGCCGCCGAGGAAGACCAGACAACCCCCGGUCCCGCCCCCCAGGAAGAAACGGGUCUCCCGGCAGCUGGCCUCUGUCCUCUCAGCUCCCUUGGAGAGUGCUGAGCUCUGCAGGAAGGAGGUGGCCUGUGAGACACCCACGCCCGGUCCACCCAGAGAAGGCCAAAGUCCUGCCUCCCAAGCCGGGACUCAGCGCCUCCAUGCCCAGGCCACGGCCCAUCCCCAGAGCUCUGCAGAGUUCAAGGGCUCCCUGGCCUCCCUCUCGGACAGCUUGGGGACGCCUGGCUCUGCCGCCGACCAGGACUCCUACUCAACCAGCAGCACGGAGGAGGAGCUGGAGCAGCUCGGCGGCCCCAGCGGGAAGAAGAAGUCCUCGAUGAUCCUGGGCAAGGCGCGGCACCGGCUGAGCUUCGCGAGCUUCACCAACGUCUUCCACGCCUUCCUCUCCAACAACCGCAAGCUAUACAAGAAGGUGGUGGAGCUGGCGCAGGACAAGGCCUCGUACUUCGGCAGCCUGGUGCAGGACUACAAGGUGUAUAGCCUGGAGAUGAUGGCGCGGCAGACCUCCAGCACCGAGAUGCUGCAGGAGAUCCGCACCAUGAUGACCCAGCUCAAGAGCUACCUGCUGCAGAGCACCGAGCUCAAGGCCCUGGUGGACCCCGUCUUGCACUCCGAGGAGGAGCUGGAAGCAAUCGUGGAGUCUGCCUUGUACAAGUGUGUCCUGAAGCCCCUGAAAGAAGCCAUCAACUCAUGCCUGCACGAGAUCCACAGCAAGGACGGCUCGCUGCAGCAGCUCAAGGAGAACCAGCUGGUGAUCCUGGCCACCACCACCACCGACCUGGGCGUGACCACCAGCGUGCCCGAGGUGCCCGUCAUGGAAAAGAUCCUGCAGAAGUUCGCCAGCAUGCACAAGGCCUACUCGCCCGAAAAGAAGAUCUCCAUCCUGCUCAAGACCUGCAAACUCAUCUACGACUCCAUGGCCCUCGGCAACCCAGGGAAGCCCUAUGGGGCCGACGACUUCCUGCCCGUGCUCAUGUAUGUUCUGGCCCGCAGCAACCUCACGGAGCUGCUCCUCAACGUGGAGUACAUGAUGGAGCUCAUGGACCCCGCCCUGCAGCUGGGGGAGGGUUCCUACUAUCUGACCACCACCUACGGGGCUCUGGAGCACAUCAAGAACUAUGACAAGAUCACGGUGACCCGGCAGCUGAGCGUGGAGGUGCAGGACUCCAUCCACCGCUGGGAGCGCAGGCGCACGCUCAACAAGGCCCGGGCCUCCCGCUCCUCCGUGCAGGACUUCAUCUGCGUGUCGUACCUGGAGCCGGAGCAGCAGUCGCGGACGCUGGCGUCGCGGGCCGACACGCCAGCGCAGGCGCUGUGCGCCCAGUGCGCGGAGAAGUUCGAGGUGGUGCAGCCCCAGGACCACCGGCUCUUCGUGCUGGUGGACGGGCGCUGCUUCCAGCUGGCGGACGACGCGCUGCCGCACCGCAUCAAGGGCUACCUGCUGCGGAGCGAGCCCAAGCGCGACUUCCACUUCGUGUACCGGCCCCCAGACGGCGGCGGCGGGAGCCCGCCCUGCCUGGUGGUGCGGGAGCCCAACUUCCUGUGAGGCCCUCCGCGGCGGUACUGAAGGAGACUGGCCCGGCCGGAGGAGCGCACUGGCGCGUCCUCGCGCACGCGCCGCACUCGCUCAGCACGUGCCCCCAAAUCCGAUGGCCACACAGCGCGCAUGCGUGCCUCCCACUGGGCGCGUGCAGGGUGAUUGUGAAAAUAACCUGAAGACGUGCCCAAGGGCCUUCUUGAGGGAGAGCCAUGGCACUGAGAGGCCAUGUUCUUCAUUAGACAGAAGGGGAAACUGAGGCUCCAAAAGGGAAAAGGCUCUCCAGCCAGCCGCGGCAAACAAGCCCAGCGCCUGUUCACACACAGCCCUUCAGGCCGGUCCCUCUGCCUCCCCCACGCCCGCCGCAUCCUUGGUCUUUCCAGGGAAGGGCCUGAGCUCAGUGUCCCCAGGACUGGGCAACGUAAGGGUGCUGGCCACAGCUGCGCCCUGCGCCCCUCAGGGUGGAUCUGGGAUGUUUUGGACCCGCCAGCAUCUCAGGAGCAUCUCAGGGUGUGUGUUGAGAGACAGGCCCCCCAACUCCUGCACCAGCGCCUGCCCUCAGCUAGCAGUGCCCACGGUCCUCUGCAGCUAUCUCCAAGCCCUGCCAGAAGCAGCCAGACGCACGCUGGGACAACCAAGCAAGGCCGGCUCCACGGAUACAUGGACAAGCCCCGCCUCCACCACAGGGAAAACUGACAAGGCCCUUUUUCUGGCAGUUGCUACAAGAGGCACCAUGUUAGGAGUCUAA